UACUUGGGAAGCUAAAGCACCAGAAUCGCUUCAACCCAGGAGAUGGAGGUUGCAGUGAGCUGGGAUCACGCCAGUGCACUCCAGUCUGGGCGGUGGUGCGAGACUCUCAAAACGAAACAUCACUCUGGCAGCACUGUAGAGAAUGAACUGGUAGGGGCAAGACUAUUUGGAGACUUGCAAUAAUAUUUCAGGCAAAAUAUGAGGAAGGCUUAAACUAGGGCAAUGAAUGAAGGCUGGAGAGAACAUGGGUUUGAGGAAGUUUAAGGAGAUAGCAUCUGCAUACUUGGUUGCCAUUUGGGUGAAGUGAAAGAAGGAGAAGUGGUAUCGAAAAUGUUAUUUGGCGUGUUUCGCUUGGAGAUAAUGAAUUCAAAGUGAUGCCUGCUGUAACAGGUGUGCACAGUGCUGUAGAGGGUGCUUACAGUUCAGCUUAGGGCUGGUAGGAAGUAACAUGUGAGUCCUGAAGUCAGUCGGUCUGGGGGUCAUUGUCCUAAACAGAGAAGAUAGGAAGGAAAUAGCUGAGCAUUUAGAGAUAUUCUUUGUGGUUUAAUAUCAUACCCAUGGGUCAUCCUCAAAAGAUGUGCCCGGAUUUCCCGGGGACUUCCGGAAACCCCUCUACCUUCCGACCCCGCGGAACGCUCCAAGGGGAAGCGUCGCUAGACCACCAGAGGGCGCCAGGCGGGCCGCAGCGACCCCAGAGUCGCGUUAUGGCCGCGGCGCGGGUACAGCUGCUCUUGUCCGGGCGUCCGGAGUCGGUGAGCUUCGCACGGAGUGUGUGUGGCCUCCUGGGAGCCGGGCCAGGGCUCGGGCCGUGGCCCAUUCACUGCAGCUUGAAGCGAGGACGGCUUGUCCUCUCGAGCAGGCCCUUCCCAGGUGCCUCCGCUAGGCUUCCGCUCCAGCGACCCCCCUUCUGCCCUUUUGCGGCCCUGGACGAGCGGCCCAGGGUUCCUGGGGCUGAGCUGCCCACAGAUCGAGGUGUGGACUUGGGUGUGGCCAUCAUUCUGCAGUCCGGCGACAAGACCGUCUUGCUAACCAGAAGGGCACGCACCCUCAGCGUUUCCCCCAACCUCUGGGUACCCCCGGGUGGGCACGUGGAACUUGAGGAGGAGCUGCUGGACGGAGGGCUUCGAGAACUUUGGGAAGAGUGUGGACUACACCUGCCCCAGGGCCAGUUCUCUUGGGUCCCUCUGGGUUUAUGGGAGUCUGCCUACCCUCCUAGGCUGAGCUGGGGUUUACCCAAAUACCAUCACAUUGUUCUGUAUCUACUCGUGAUCUCCCAGGAAUCACAGCAGCAGCUGCAGGCCCGGAUCCAACCAAACCCAAGUGAGGUGAGCGCCCUUAUGUGGCUGACACCAGAUGUAGCUGCUGCAGUGGCUGCCACAGAGGAUGGGACAGAGACACCCAGACUUCUCCCCCAGGACGUACCACCCUCUGUCCUUGCACUGGAACUAGAAGAGGAUGGAAGAGCCCGACCUCUGGUCCUGCCCAUGUCCACCCUGCUGCGGAUGAUCCCAACCAUGGCAGAGGGCAAAGAGAGAGUCAGCACUGGAACCAAGUUUGCCCUCAGGCUCUGGCUGCAACAUCUAGGCAGAACACCCCCACCAUGUAAAAGUGCAGCUCACCUGGACCCAGGGCCAGCAAAGGAAGAAUGGAACAUGGACCCUCUUCCCCCAAACCAGGGGUCUGGAAAGUGAAGUGUAAAAUCCCCUCCCUAGCCCAUCUCCGUGACACUCACAGAACAUUCACAACCUUUAUUAUGGGUGAGAGCUUCACCACAACUUUAGGAAUAAAAAGUAAAAUUACAACAUAGGUCCCAGGCCUUGGAUGAGCCUGAAAAAGAGGAUUGGGAAGGAGGGCACAGGGUCCUCCCACCUCCCUGGAAAGGUGCAGAAUGAGCCAGGCCUAACCACAGGGCCAUGAGCCUCUAGAAGCUUAGGGCAGAAUAAGAAACACUGUGAACUUAAAUAUAUAAAUAGAGAGAGACCCAAGCAAUAGGCCGGGCCUGACUCCCAAACCACUGGGGGAUCAUGGCUAAGGCCUUACAUCCUCCUCUGUCAUACUGGAGUAGGAGGCAGGGGAAGUCAUCUUUGGAGUAUUUUGGUUUUUCUUAUUUAUGUACAAAAAAAUCCACAUCCACAAUCCAAAAUAAAGUUCUCUGUCCAUCUCUGAAA